GCUUGUCUUCCGAAUUUCGGAGUUUGGCGGCAGCGGUGGAGAAUAAGGUUUGCGAAGCGGCGGUGCCGGCGGAGAAGGGAGAAGCGUCAUGGCUGAUGAUGGCGGAAAGUGCGAAUACUCGUGCAGGACAGCCAGCGAAACUCUGGAGUGGAUUCAUGCCAUAAUCGAUUUCCUCGAACCAUACCGAUUCCUCUUAGAUGCGCAUGUCGUCAACUUCUUCAAGGAUAGGCUGUGGGAAGCGGUUGAUAGAAAGUGGAUGGAUUGUCUGCGGAAAGAACCCGUGGAGAAACUGUUGCAACUUCCUUCUGGUGUUGCUCAGGAUCAUUGGCCAGCUUCGCUUAAAGAAUAUGUCCAUAAGUUGAAGUCACUUUCUCUUCCUCGUGAGCAGAUAAAUCUACAGAAGGUUUUCCCAGGUUUGAGGCUACAACCUCUAAACAGUGUCCUUGCACAAGGCAUGAAUCAAAAGAAAAGACAUGAAAUUGAAGCCCUCGCAGGCGUCAUUGCUUCCGUUGCCAGGAGAAACGAAGCACAAACUGUUGUGGACGUUGGUUCUGGUCAGGGCUACCUUGCUCAAGUUCUUUCGUUUGAACAUGAGCUGUCUGUAAUAGCAAUUGAUGCCUCUUUACAUCAUGGAAACAUUACUGCUGCUCGUGCCAAGCGAAUUGAGAAAUAUUAUGCUGCUAAGAUUAGAAAGUCUCGAUCAGAAUAUAAAGGUUUCAGAAAACCAAAAACAGUAACAUGCCAAGUGCUAUCUCCUGCCACGUUGAAAGAUAUCAGUAGGUCCACAGAGCAUGUGGAUGAUUUGGUGAAGCCAUCUGUUUUUAGAGAAUAUGAUGAAAGAACACUUCUUGAAGAAAGUCUUGGAAGUGAAUCUCCCUACACUUUCAAAGCUAAUGGCAACACAUCUUUAAUCCUGGCUGGACUUCAUGCAUGUGGAGAUCUUUCAGUGACCAUGCUUAGGACAUUCAUGGAAUGCCAUGAAGUUAAAGCGGUGAUUAGCAUUGGUUGUUGCUAUAAUUUAUUAUCAGAAGGUGUCAAUGGAGGUGACGAUCAAUGUGGUUUCCCAAUGAGUAAAGGUGCUAAAUUUGCAGGUUUACAGAUAGGAAAAAAUGGCCGUGAUCUGGCAUGUCAGAGUGCAGAAAGGUGGAAGGAUUUGGGAGGAGAUGCUGGCCUUCACAAUUUUGAGCUUCAUGUAUUUCGUGCUGCCUUUCAGAUGGUUCUUGAUCGGUACUACCCAGAAAUUAUUGGUAGAAGCCCUGCAAUAGGGCGUCAAGGGAAGGCUUUGCGCCGCCAACAUUAUCGAAGGAUCUUUGAGUCUAAUGCAUGUACUGCAAGAUCCUCCUCCCAAAACAAUUUGACAUCAGAUAUUGCUCAUGGGUCCAUCAAGGGUUCCGCAAUGAUGAAAAAUAAUUCCGAUGAUAGAAUGUUCCCAAAUUCUAAAUCUUCAAAUGAACCAAGUUCUGCUGAUAGGUAUCCCAUUUUUAUGGAGUUUUGCAAGUCUGGAUUAGGCCGGCUUGGUCUCAGUGACUCACUGGAUAUUGAAUUCACUAUGCUUUGGAAGGAAGUUGAACAAUUUUCCGAACUUGUUGGACCUUAUUGGACGCUUCGAGCUGCUCUAGGACCUGUUUUGGAAACUGUUUUGCUGCUUGAUAGAUUGCUAUUUCUCCAGGAGCAUGGAAAUGUGCUUAUAAGGCCCGUUAUGCUAGCUUUAUUUGAUCCUGUAUUAUCCCCAAGAAACAUUGCUUUAGUUGCUGAAAAGGUCUAACAUUUAUUUGGAAUAUGAGAAGCUGGAAGUGAUACAUUUUGAAGCUGAAUGCAAUGAAGUCCCAAUUUGAUGUUCUAUUUGCAUCUAUGGAAGGAGUUUCACGUUCCCAGAACUGUAAUGUUUAUGUAUCAUUAUUACCUGAUAGUAAUGCUUAAGCUUAUAUGACCUUUUCCUCGUGAUGUGUAUGUUCCUCUGUAUUGCAUUGUUGUACUUCAUCAUGAUAAUAAAUUUUGUAUAAUUUUGAAUC